CCAUCUCUCUCUCUCUCUCUAGCGUAUACGACUCUCUUCUUCUUCUACUGGAAACCUUGCUCAAAAAAUGCACUGAUCAUCUCUCAAUCUUUUUUUCCCAAUUCCAUCGAUCGAUAUUUUUCGGUUGUUUUUCCUGGUUUUUGGCUGGAAUCUUGGUGGUUAUGGCGUCAUCGGAGGGGCUAACGAGCGUGGAGCCAUGGCCGUUUCGGCAGAGCUUGGGUGUCGAUUCAUGGCUGAUUCCGGAGUCUACCUUCUCCCGCGACAGCGAUAUGCUCACCAGAGCGCUCCACAAGUCCUUCUCGACCACUCAGCAGCACCACAACCAAAUUCUCCUCUCCGAUCCUCUCUAUCCCUCCGCCCUUCUCGAUUCCUCCGCGAUCUCCGAGCCUCCGCUAUCUCCGGCUCCUCCACCGGCGACGAAUCUAUCAAACGUAUCCGCCGGCUCUGAUCGGGAAACCGCAGGCACGAAACGGAAGCGCAACGGUGGUCCUGCUGGUAAGCCUCUGAAACGGCGAUCUCGAACUUCAAAGAAAUCUCAGACGACGUUUAUAACGGCGGAUCCGGAGAAUUUCCGGCAGAUGGUGCAGCAGGUCACCGGCGCCAAGCACAUCGGCUCGUCCCACAGCAUUUUCGCUCCGAUCGUGAAGCCAGAGCCACAGAGGCUCGCGAAUCUGCAGCCGUCGGACCGGUUGGGGCUUCCGACGCUCGAUACGUCGGCUUUUCUAUCGAAUCAUCACCAGGAGAGCCAAAUGGCGGGUAGCAAUGCAUUUUCUGGAGACGGAACUGGCUCGGUGUUGUCGCCGAUCACAUCGUUCCAGUCCAUUGCUGCGGCGGAGAUCGGUGGCUCCGCCGUGGAGUUCGAUACCUACCCGACGCUCGAGUCCUGGAAAGUUAUGUGAUCUGCUGCGAUAGUGUUAAGAUUAAUUCUGCUUCUUCUUCUUCUUUUUAUAUGAAAAAUCUAGUGACUAAAGGAAAGGAUUCUGUCUGUUCAUAUUUUUGGGGAAAUCGGUGUAAUGGAAAAUUAGAAAUUAAUCCAUUUUCGUAUGGUCGAGAAAUCCACAUUCGUCAAA